AAUAAACUUAUAAAAAAUAAGCUCGAUAAGCCCUUCACAAACACCCCCUUUCCUUAUUUCAAGAUUUUUGGAUAACAAAUGAAGGCGCAAAAGGAAUUUAGGAUUUCUGCAUCAUUAUAGCUGUUGGUGAAAACCCUAGGAUCAAAGAUAAAUACAGACAUGACUGAACCAACAUCAAGUAGCAUCGAGGAUGACAAUGUGGUUCUAGAGUACAACAACAACAAUGUCAAGAAGGCAAAACUAAAUUCAACACUAGCUGCACUCCUUGAUGAUCCUGUUCUCGCAGACGUACCAAAAAAUCCAACUUUAUCAGAUGUUGAUACCCUAAUCAGCUUGGAACUCGGUAGUGCAAUGCGUGUUUCUGUAAUUAAAAUGGACAACACAUCUUUUGAUGUUGCAGUGAUGAAUUCGGCAAAAGUCAAGGAUUUGAAACUUGCUGUUGAGAAAAAAGUCAACGAAAUGGAGCAGUCAAAGAUGGGUCAUCGUCACAUUUCUUGGAAGCAUGUGUGGCGAAAUUUCUGCCUCUCAUAUCACAAUGAAAAGCUUCUUAAUGAUGAUGGAAUUCUUCAAGAUCAUGGCAUACGUAAUCACUCUCAGGUGCAUUUUAUGGCAUAUAUCAUGACAAGGGCUUCAAAUCGACAUUCACGAAGGAGAAAGCAUCGAUUUUUUCAUGGGCUCAAUCGAAGGGAAUGAAUUAAUUAGUUGUAACUCCUUAAAAGGUUUAGUUUGUGUUUAUAAGAAUGAUUUUGAUAUAUGUAACCAUAGAUAUUGUUUCUAUCUAUGAUCUAUGAUUUAUCUUAGGUUGAUUUAAAA